AUGGAUCCUCCUCGGACUUCCCGUCUCCUUGACCCGGCCAUGGCAGCCAUCACAAAACACAAGGCCGAGGCGAUUCGCCUGGCAAAGGAGCAAGCUGCCGCCGUGCAGGAGAUGUGCCGGCGUGCGAAAAGCGAGGCUCCUCCCUAUGAGUUUGAAGAGCUAAUCGGCAAGGGCGCCUAUGGUCGUGUGUACAAGGGUCAUCAACUCCCUUCUCAGAAGCUGGUGGCGAUCAAGGUCAUGGAUAUCGACUCGAUCGAUUAUAGGUCUGUUCGCGAUUUCCGCGAUGAGUCUAUCAAGGAUUUCAUCCAUGAGACCAAGGUCAUGAAACAGGUCAAAGAUGCCGGUGCGAAGAACAUCAACGAGAUCAUCGAGGCAAUUUCGAUCCAUUCCCAGCUGUGGUUGGUUUGCGAGUACUGCCCUGGGGGCAGUGUCAGAACUCUGAUGCGUGCAACUGGUGAUAAGCUGGACGAAAAGUUCAUCAUCCCCAUUGCUCGAGAGCUUGCGGAAGGGCUACGUGCCAUCCAUGCUGCCGGGAUUAUUCACCGAGACGUCAAAGCUGCGAAUAUUCUUAUUCACGAAGAAGGACGACUGCAAAUUUGCGACUUUGGCGUUGCCGGUAUUCUACAAACACAGCUGGAUAAGCGAUCUACCUGGAUCGGCACACCACACUGGAUGCCUCCGGAGAUGUUCGCGACCAGAGGCGAGGCUCAUCAAUACGGCAGUGAGAUUGAUGUGUGGGCGUAUGGAUGCACGCUCUUCGAGUUUGCCACCGGCAACCCCCCAAAUUCUGGUCUGCGAGAGCGCAUGCAGAUUGGACGACAACUCAAUCGUAGUACCCCGAAGCUAGAUGGUGAUCGGUACAGUGAAAGUCUCCGGGACCUCGUUGGAUUCGCCUUGGAGUCCGAUCCGGCCACGCGACCCACGAUGGGAGACAUCCUAUCACACUCGUACAUCCAAGAUUCAGAGGAAGAGUACCCCAUAUCCUCUGUGAGCGAACUCGUCCGCAUCUACUACCAGUGGUCACAGCGUGGUGGCCAGCGGAUCUCUCUCUUCCACCCUGGCGGAGCGGCAGCAGCUGAGUUCCCGGGAGUCGAAGAAACCGUCAACGAAGAUUGGAACUUCAGCACCACUGACGGGUUCGAAAGGCGAUUUUCCGUCAUAGAUCUGGAUCAGCUUGCUGCCGAGCUGGCCGAGCUGGAGGAGCAGAUGGGACCCGUGCGGCCCAACCCCGAACGCAACACGCCGGAAGAAUUGCUCUUUUCCGGCGCGGUGGACCUGACUCCCGUCGAGCAGGCCAACUUUGACGAACGGGUCCGGCGCGGCGCGGCCGCGAUGGAGGGCCUGUUUAACGAGGACAUGCCGAGCUACAAGUAUGAGACAAAGAACGACUUUGUCCCUAUCGAGCCGAAGCCGUCCUACUCGGACCUGCCGCUCCGCACCGAGACCGACCGGUCGUCCGUCACGUCAACGUUUAUUGAUAUCGACAUCGGCUCCUUUGAUUCGUCCCACUAUGCUGCGGGAAGCGCCUCUGCCCACCCGUUUCAACUCGCGGACGCAGACACCAUUCGGGCUAACCGAUCGAGUGGUCGAACACAGCGAAAUUCUUCGUCCGGCAGCCGCUCCCGCUCCUCCAGCAGAGAUGCCGCCAGCGUCAACCUGGAACCGGAGCUGGAGGAGGCGUACCAGCCGCCCAGCGGCCCUCGCCCGCCCACGAUGGAUUGGAAAUUCCCUACGUUUAUGGUGCCGGCCGAGGAAGAUUCCGCUUCAGAAAACGCCCAAGCAAGGGAGGAAGAAGAAGAAGAAGCGCGAGCCCCAGAUCAAGUAGACCCCACCGACAAACGGGCUACGAUGGAAUGGACAUUCCCUGUGAUGACCGCAUCGGCUGAUGAGCCCGAGACAGGGGAGGAGAAUGAGAACAACAAUGCCUCGGAAAGCCUGCACGAAGACACUCUUCGGGCACCCCUGACCUCGCUGCAGCAGCCGUUGACGGCUCGACACCGUGACAGUAUCGGCGAGCCCGGCGACUCGCGCCCAUCCACGGCAGCAUCCAACGUCUCCAGCAGCGCGUCCGACACAGACUACGACCCCUUCCGGUUCGACCGGCCAGCGACGCCACCCGGCGGGUCGUCAGAACAACACGGUCAUUUCUUCGAUAAUGCAUUUCCGGAGAUGAUGGAAUCAUCGGGAUACGCCGAUUUCGAGCCGUCUUCCGUCCUGGACGGGCCUGGCCCGGACGAGGAGGACAGCAAUCCCGUCUGGCAGCACAACCGGAUGAUUUCCGACCCGUCCAUCCCGCCGCAUGAGGCCUCAUCGUCGUUCCCCACCGUGCUCCCGUCCAAGGGGCUGGGCGAUCAUCUCCACCCCGCGCGCGAGUCGGUCAUCCCCGCGCCACUGGCGACUGCCCGACGCCGCGGCGCCGGACCGGUUCGAUUCCCGGACCUGGUGCCGCCCAGCAUUGAAAGCCUGGCCCACGACGCGGACGACCAGGUGGUCACCGCCGAGCUGGACCGGCUGUUGGGAGACUUUCUGGAUGCAUUGUCUGCUACGGGGGAGGCAUUGUCGCGCUUCAAUAUUGACAGAGCAGAGUAG